GAAUGUUUAGAAACCAGAGACAGUUACACCACCCCUCGAUUAGUGAAGCUUACAUGGCUCAAGCAGUCGAGAUCAGGUCGGCAUGAGUUGUUUUCAUUCAAAGAUAUGUUAAAUGGACCACGUUUGCGACAUUUUUAAUUGACCACAAUCACACGAAAUUUUAAUUAGUUCCUAUUCUACUCAAACACGCAUGUGUGCUUAUGUGUUCAUGUGUAAAUGUGCUUAUUUCAUUCGAAAAGUACACUUUUAAGCAGCCGGCACAAGUCACUCCGUAUGCACGUAUGUACAUAUAUAUGUAUGUACUUAAAUAUGUAAAGCCCAACUUAAAACUCUACGGUAAAUGUGGAUACUCUGACGUUGAAUUUCAUUUGAAGUCAAAUUUAAACUUCAGUCGUUGUUAAGAUGUUGAAGCCAUCGAACAUAGUGUCGCGGAAAUAAAUAUUUCAAAGUGCCGUCUCACUUCAAGCAUACAUACACAUAAGUUCGGUAACAUUAAGGAGAAAUUUACUAUUAGAAACAUGCAUACUAAAAAGCAAAUUUUUUGCAAACUUGAAUAUUGCUAAUAUCAAUUCACGCCAAAAUUUUAUUUAAUUCAUUGAGUUGGAUUAUAUCGACGCGUAUUGAAACAACAGAAGAUAAAUUAAACGUGUUAUAUAUGUUUUAUAACUGUCAUCAAACGAUUCAUAGUUCAAAGUGAUUAUAAGCGCAAUCAGAAGCUUUUCUCUCAUCACCUAACAUAUUGCUGGGGAUUUGCACACAUAUUUCGGAACUUUAUCGCAAAAACCAGGGUUGCAAUUAUUAAUCAAUAGAAUACAAAACUAAAGCGGCUAAUUUAACGACAGAAAUAUUAAAAUGUUUGGCGCCAGCUCCACAUCUCAGCCGCGUCUUCUUCAUAUGGAUAAUCCUCUCUACGCAAUCCUGCAAUUCGUCUGGGAUUUACUCAUCUUUUUCGUAAAGUCCAUAUUUUAUACCACCCAAACCAUAUAUUAUUCACUACUUCCAUCUUAUUUGAGGAAAAUGAAGAAUGUUUCAGGACAAGUGGUAUUGAUCACCGGCGGUGGAGGUGGAGUAGGACGCUUGUUGUCCCUGAACUUUGCCAAACAGAAUGCUCGUGUUGUCAUAUGGGACAUCAAUCAGGAAGCUAUCAAAACUACCAUGGAGCUGCUCGCCAGAAAUGGGUAUACCUGUAAAGGAUAUAUAGUUGAUAUAUCAGAUCGUGACCAAGUGUAUGAGCGAGCGGCACAAACUAUCAACGAAAUAGGCAAUGUCGAUAUACUAUGCAAUAAUGCUGGUGUCGUUUGUUGCCGCCCAUUCUGGGACUUACCUGAUCGUGUUAUACAGAAUACAUAUAACAUUAACAUAAUUUCUCACUAUUGGACAGUAAAAGCUUUUCUUCCGCAAAUGAUGCAAAAUAACAAGGGUCACAUUGUGACGGUGGGUUCAGUGACUGGCAUGUUAGGCACAUACGGUUGUAGUGAUUAUAGUGCAACAAAAUUUGCCUGCGUUGGGUUUCACGAAAGCCUCUUAACCGAUUUAAAAACACACGGAUAUGAUGGCAUACAUAUGACAUUGAUUUGUCCUUAUUAUAUCAAUACCGGUAUGUUCUCUGGCGUACGGCCACGAAUGGUUUCAAUGUUGGAUCCAGAGUAUGUUGCAGACCGCAUACUUGAAGCUAUCCGAAAGAACGAAGUAUGGUGCGUGCUACCCUAUACUAUACGGAUACUCACUCCACUCAAAUGUCUAUUGCCGGCGAAAGUGUGCUGGGAACUAAUGUCAAGAGUUAUCCGUGGACCAGAAUCGAUGAUGAUGUUUCAAGGUCGUGGCAGAGUUCCCGCAGGUUAAAAAAUAUUUUAAAAAUGUAUGUUUAAAAUUACUAAGCGAUGGUCAUGUUCUCAUGAUACAAAUCAACAUAUUUAUAAUUUUUAUUCACUUAACUGUACUAUACUUUAAAUUAAACCGAAAUGUAAAUACAUGUAUGUAUAUGUUUAAAAAUAUGGUUUAA